AUGUACUUCUUCCUCCUCAACCUCUCCCUCCUGGACCUGGGCUCUGUCUCCACCACUGUCCCCAAAUCCAUGGCCAAUUCCCUGAGGGACACCAGGGCCAUUUCCUACCCGGGAUGUGCUGCCCAGGUCUUUUUCUUCUUUUUCUUAUGUUCAGCUGAGUUUUCUCUCCUUACAGUCAUGGCCUAUGACCGCUUUGUGGCCAUCUGCAGACCCCUGCACUACGGGACCAUCAUGGGCAGCAGAGCUUGUGUCCAAAUGGCAGCAGCUGCCUGGGGCACUGGUUUUCUCAAUGCUCUCCUGCACACUGCUAACACCUUUUCCAUACCACUCUGCCAAGGCAAUGUGGUGGAGCAGUUCUUCUGUGAAAUCCCCCAGAUCCUCAAGCUCUCCUGCUCAGACUCCUACCUCAGGGAGGUAGGGCUUCUGGUGGUUAGUGGCUGUUUAGGCUUUGGGUGUUUCAUUUUCAUUGUGGUGUCCUACGUGCAGAUCUUCACUGCUGUGCUGAGGAUCCCCUCUGAGCAGGGCCGGCACAAAGCCUUUUCCAUGUGCCUCCCGCACCUGGCCGUGGUCUCCCUGUUUCUCAGCACUGGCACAUUUGCCUACCUGAAGCCCCCCUCCCUCUCCUCCCCAGCUCUGGAUCUGGUGGUGGCUGUUCUGUACUCGGUGGUGCCUCCAGCAGUGAACCCCCUUCAUCUACAGCAGGAGGAACAAGGAGCUCAGGGAGGCACUGAGGAAAGUGAUCCAACGGGUAUCCUGCCUAGUAAAGAGAUGGAAAUAGGGGCUUCCAGAGUGGGACAUUUCCACCUCUCAUAG